AUGAAUACCUCGCAGUGGACAACAUCACCUGCAAACAUGAAUGACAACGCAAGUCCGCCAAGAACUGUACAACCCGAGACAGCAUGCUUCACGACAGAUGCUGAGGUUUACUGGCCAGAAUGGCAGUGCUAUUAUGACGAGGGUCUGGAUGCACAGACAGCAUCCAGUAUGAUGUGUGCGACAAACGAGCGGCAACCGGAACCACAAUCGCAAUGGCCUACACAAAGCAAUCCGCCAAGUGCCAGCCGCAGUCCAGUUGAGGUGGCGACAGCAUCGCCUUCACCCACAUUCUCCAUGAAUGGCAAGAGUCCUGGCGAGUCGGCACCUGAUGGCCGGGUGCUGAAGAGGAAGGCACAGAAUCGUGCAGCUCAGCGUGCUCACCGCGAAAGACAACGAGUGCGUGUGAGCGGACUGCAUGAUAAGAUUGAAAGACUCCAAGAUCGCUGCAAGCAACUACAGGCUCGGAAUCAGAUGUUCGAAGCUCUCUUUCAGAGGUUCUUCCGGGAUGGCGUGUCACUACUUGGGAGUAGGAACUCGACAGAGCCGCUCGAACUUACCUUUGACGACACUUCUUCGGACGACGAAGGCGAUGAGCCAGAUUGUCGGGUGAACAAGGCGAGCACCGACCCUGAUAGUCAGCGACGUCGGCGGAAACCGGAGAUAGGAUCUAGCGCCUCCAUAUGA